AUGCGCCACCACCCAGACCGAAACCGUAAAGACCCAAAGGCGCACCACAAAUUCACCCGCAUCUCAACAGCCUACAACACGCUCCGCAACGCCCAAAAACGCGCAGCCUAUGAUCGUGACCACGGCCUGAACAGAACACAACAACCCUCAUACCCAUCGGGAAGCCAUAGCAGCCACAGCGCUGGAAAUGGAAGCUUCGCAGGCUCAAGACCCGCCAGCGGCCUAAGUAAACGUCGGGGAACGUUCCAAGGUCCUCCGCCCAGUUUUUACGAACAGGGCGGAUACGGGAGAACGGGACGUACAGGGAGAGAAGGAGGUUAUAGCUAUAGCGGAGAAGAGUUUGGUGGAAAGAGUACUGGGAAGGCGGAGGAUCCGGGAAGAUCCGAUGGGAUUCAUAUAUCGCAUUUUAAUGCGCAGGCGCAUUUUAAGACACAGAGUGCGGAGGAUCGGAGGCGAAUUGAAAGGAGGAGAGCGGCGAGGAGAGCAGCUGUUCGGGAUGAGGAGGCUAUCGCGAGGAGUGGGGGGCAUAUUGAUAUGGGAAUGUUGGUGAGUGUGCUUGGAAUUUUGGUUGGAGCUUGUUGUAUUGGAGGGCUUGUGACGAGGUUGCCGCGGGAUUCGAUGCCUUCUGGAGGCGCGGCAGGGGCUUUGGAUGCCGCCGAGGCCAAGAGGAAGAAGGAGAAUGGUGUUGCUGCCUCCUAG